ACACUUGGCUCGUAUGCAUGAGACUUCGCGCGCCUUGCUGCUCCGAGCUUCGACAGCACCGCUCCUUCAGUCCAUUCGAUUCAUCGUCAAACUCGGAUCGAUCCUUCAACAUCGGAACCGCCCGUUUUCUCUCAUCCCCAUCUUUUCUUCUUCCGACAACGCCUGAGAGAUGGCCACGAAAUGGCCUUCUGGUUAGUCGUGCUCUCACCCAUCAUGUCCACGUCUCUGCUUUGUUAGGCACGCAAGCGUCCUGAUUUCUUCGUCCAGCCACGGAGAUCGAUUUCAGUUGCUUCUUGAUAUCGCGUCAAUGAACACGGGUCGGAGCUCAAAUUUGUUUCGUUGCUGCACUGAGUUCUUGGGCUUCGCUGGUGAUGAUCACAAUGAAUCCUUCCAUGCAAACAAAGAGUCUAGAGAUAACAAUUUGCUUGUCCUAUGCUUUGGUGAAAUGUUGAUUGACUUCAUUCCAACUGUUGGCAAAGUUUCCCUAGCUGAUGCACCUGCAUUUGAGAAAGCUCCUGGCGGUGCUCCAGCUAAUGUGGCUGUUGGGAUAUCAAAGCUGGGAGGCUCUUCAGCUUUUAUCGGAAAGGUGGGCGAUGAUGAGUUUGGGCACAUGCUGGUUAACAUCUUGAAGCAAAAUAACGUUGACAAUUCUGGAAUGCGCUUUGACCAAAAUGCAAAAACUGCAUUGGCUUUUGUAACAUUGAGAGAAGACGGAGAGCGUGAAUUCUUGUUUUACCGUCAUCCAAGUGCUGAUAUGCUUUUCCGUGAAUCAGAACUCGACGGAAGCCUCAUUGAGAAGGCAGCAAUAUUUCACUAUGGUUCUAUUAGUUUGAUCGAGGAGCCAUGCCGAUCAACUCAUAUUGCUGCAAUGGAAAUUGCCAAAAGGUCCGGUAGCCUACUCUCUUAUGAUCCAAAUUUGAGAUUGCCCCUGUGGCCAUCAGCGGAGGUUGCUCGGACGGAAAUAAUGAGCAUAUGGGAUCAAGCUGACGUAAUUAAGAUAAGCGAAGAAGAAAUUACAUUCCUGACAGACAGUGAUGAUCAUAAUGAUGAUAAUGUGGUGUUAGAGAAGCUCUUUCAUCCUAAUCUUAAGCUACUUAUGGUAACUGAAGGCUCUCGGGGCUGCAGAUAUUUCACUAAGGACUUCAAAGGCAGAGUGGGUGGUGUCACGGUUAACCCUGUGGACACAACUGGUGCAGGAGAUGCAUUUGUAGGUGGAAUCCUGUACUGCUUAGCUUCCGACCUCAACCUGUACAAGGAUGAGAAGAGAUUGAGAGAAGCUCUAUACUUUGCAAAUGUCUGUGGUGCUAUCGCAGUGACAAAAAGAGGAGCAAUCCCUGCACUACCCACGAAAGAGGCUGUUUUGGAAUUCCAACAAGCUAAAGGUGCUUCAUGAUGAACGUGGAUAUAAAAGUUGAACUUGCUUAUAGUUUCCAAAUCUCGUUCCAAGCUUGUGUUUUCAAGUUUACUCUUUGAGGUGAAAUCCCGUCGCGCAUUUCAUUUCUCUGAUUUCUGGUUUUCCUUUUCUUUUCCACUGGGUUCUAGAAUUGAAGUACUUAGCCUUGCUAAUCGGUCAUUCAUAUCUUUUUUGAAAUCGAUCAUUGCUGUAUUGAAUA